AUGGGUUUUCUGCGAAGGCCUCGUCGUCACCAACGCCAGCGCUGCCCACCCCGCUUCUUCAGAGCCAGGGCUGCCUAUCCAUUGGUGUUUAUGCCACCACCUGUGGUCUUUAUACCUUCUCAAGUGCGACAGAACUACCACAUUGAUUGUGAGGUUGCUAUCAACAGCCAAGUCCGGAUGCAGCUCUCCGCCUCCUACAACUACCUGUCCAUGGCCUGCUACUGUGAUCGUGACGAUGUGGCCCUGGAGAACUUUGCAACUUUCUUCCUGAACAAGUCGCACGAGUGUACUACAAAUGCUGAGAUGUUUCUGGCUUUGCAAAACCAGCGUGGAGGUCGCAUCUUUCUCCGCACAAUCUACAAGCCAGACCGUGAUGAUUGGAUGGGUGGCUUCCGGGCCAUGGAGCAUGCCUUCCAGCUGGAGCUGAACCUCAACCAAAGCCUUGUGGCCCUGCACCAGCUAGCCACCAACAGAGGUGAUGCCCAGCUGUGUGGCUUCCUGCAGAAGCACUUUCUGCCCAAGCAAGUUGAAAUCCUCAAGGAGAUGAGCGGCUACCUGAUCAGCAUGCGCCAGAUGGGAACUCCAGAAUUAGGCAUUGCUGAGUAUCUCUUCGGAAAGCUUACCCUGAAUGAUGUCAACAAGAAGAAAUGA